AUGGGACAGUUCUUCGUUAGACGGGUGGUGCAAAUUGGCGCCCUUUUUGGACUUUUGGCCGCGGUCCACGUUGCUUCCAGUGAACGAGUUACGGCAUCUCCAGACGAGCACAUUUUCUUCGUGGAAGGUGAUGGCUGUACGGACAAGGAUAAAUUCUCGAUCGUGGUCCACGGCUGGAAGGAGGGUUGCAACCGAACGGAGUGGAUUCCGGACACGCUGUCCAACCUGACCGAGUACCGCGGGGGAUGUGUCAUCUGUAUGGACUUUAGCAAGUACGCCGUGACGGAGGACUACUUCGGUGGGUUGGUGCCACACUUUUACCGCGUGGUGGACACUCUGACGUGGAAGCUGCGGGAGCUGGAAGGGCGCGGAUUUGAUCCGGCCAGUGGGCACAUGUUCGGGUUUAGCUUUGGAGCGCAGGCGGCCAUCGAAGCUGGAAGACGGUUUGGGCUGGGGAAGCUGGGAAGACUGGAUGUGUGCGAACCCGCCGGGCCCGGCUUCGACUCGGACGGAACGUUCUCGGUGCUGAACCCCCGCCUGGCGGCCCGCAACGUCCAGUGCAUCCACACGAGUGCCGAAUUCGGCACGUUCCGACGCGACUGCCACCAGAACUGGAUGAUGGGCAACUGUGGCCGCAGCCAGCUGGCGGCCGGACCCUUCCCGAAGGGCAACCACGGGCUGUGUCCGUACUUUUACAACAGUGCCUUCCGGAACGAGUUCCGGGCCACCGCAAAGCGACCGGAGUGCUUCUCGUUCCGGGCCGCCGCCGAUUGGCCGCCCACGUUCCGGAUGGGCUACCUUAGCGACGUGCAGGCUGGAGUUUUUGGCGAUUUGUUCUGUCCCACGACCAAGGUGUACCCGUUCAACGAAAUUGCGACCACAAACGAGGUCUAAUUAACGAACACAGUGAGGUGAUUUGAAUCGGUUGUCCGGAUGUUGGCGGAGAACGUGCGCGAAAGUAAUUGUAAAAGUUUGCCAAUUAUGGUGACCCUUUUUGACGCGAAAGUUUUUUUUUUAUCAGUCGUAGUCCUGAUUAGUGCUAAUUACGUUUCAGUUGCGAAAGAUGGACACAAUGAGGGUUAAUUAUCGUUGCUAUU